AUGUUUUUCGGCGGCCUGAACGACCCGUCCGAAAAACUCCGCAAAGAGCAAAAGAAAGAGAUGGAAAAGAAGCGCUCUAAAGCGACCGCCGCCGCGAGAGGAAGACUCCGGGAAGGGGAGCAGCAACGGGAAACCAAUCGAAACACAAACGCGGAAACCAAAACGAAAAGCAAGAAGAAGGAGAAGCGAUACGAGGUGCUUUGGAAAGCAGAGUUACGCGUUCGCGUGGAGGACGUCGCAUUGAAACGUGGGAUUCGCACGCGAAGGGAGGAUAAGAUUCAACUGCCAGCGAGUGCGCUGAGAAUGCUCGAGAGAUUUGAUGACGAGAUGGGUGCGAGGCAACCGAAUGCGUUUUUUUACGUUUCGAGAGUCGAUGAAGAUGAAGACGAAGAUGAAGACAAAGGAUGUUACUGCGCGGCAUUGGAUUACCAAGCGGAGGAAGAUUCCGUGGUCAUUCCAACAGACUUGUAUAAGAGAUUAGGGUAUUCAUCUGGCGAUGAAAAGAAUCUCCUCCGCGUGGAGUUUCGCUCUCGAGCGCUCGAGAAGUGCGAGUGGGUGAAGUUGCAACCGAAAUCGAACGAGUUCUCGAAGUUUUUAACUCGUCAUCCCGAGGCGGACGUGAAGAUGGUUUUGGAGAACGUUUUGGUGCAGCGGUCGUGCGUGCACGUCGGGGAUGUCUUUGAGGUGGACUUUUCCGGAUUCGUUUCUUCUUCUUCUUCUCCUUCGGAAUCAAAGUUUGUAUUCGAGUUGAAAGUGGUCUCGUUGAAAGUUGAAGGCGGCGAAGAAGAUAUCGUGGCGAGUUUAAUAGAAACAGACGUGGAGGUGGAUUUAGCGCCGUCAAUGGAACACGACGAAGUCGUCGAGCGCAUAGACACGUUAAAUAGAAACGACGAGGAAGAGAAGAGAAAAGAGAAGGAGAAGAAACUCGCGGAGGCGAGAGAGGCGCGACGGCGAAUCGAACGAAACGAAGAACGCAAAGAGAAAUUAAGACGAUUUCGAGAAGCGAUGGCGAAGAAGCUUCCUUUAGAACCACCACCACCACUUGCUUCGUCGUCGUCAACAUUGAAGACGGCGACAACAAACAACGUCGUGAGAAUACGAAUAUCUUUACCGACGGGCGAGGCUAUCGAUCGAAGAUUUUACGACACCGACGACGUCUCCUCGCUCUUCGAUUUCGUCUUGGCGUCGUAUUCGUUCGAAGAAGAAGAAGAUAAAGAAGAUUCAGACUUUUGCUUAGUCACGAGAGGCGGUAGGUUUGGAGAAGAGAAGAAGAAGAGAAUAUACAGAAGCAGUAGUAAUAGAAGUAGCAGUAGUUUAGGUGCCGCGGGAGUCGCGUCCGGCGACGUGUUCUUCGUCGAGAAGUUGUAA